UUUUAUGCUUUAUAUCUCUCGCAUCUCAAAAACUGCUCGACAGUUGAUCCGGCAGAGAGACAACAAACUCUCAUUAUCUUUAUAGAUUUGAGGACAAGACUGAUUGUUACUGCAUUACCCGAGAGUAUGGGCUCCUGCUACGAGGCAAGACUUUAUUAUCUCUUGAUCGCUCUGGUGUUUCUUGCUGGUUCAGUCUCUUGUGCAGAUUCCUGUGACUGGGAAAGCUGUAAGAGAAUAUACGAACAAAACACUAACAUAACUCGUAAUAUCACAAACGAACAGUUUUGCUCUUACAUCACAGAAGCAGAGUUAUGCAUAGAACCUUGCGAGGGCGGAAAUGUAGAUCUGCAAAUAUUUAAAGUAACGCUGAAAAACAAUAAAAAAACGAGGGAUUGCUCGCAACCUACACCAGCGCCUUCCUCUACCAGUAGUAGCAGCAGUACUGAAACUGCUAAUCCUACACCAACUCCAUGUCAUUUACCAGCGUUCUCUUCAGGAGUGGUCUCACAGCCAAAGACAGCAGAGUACAAACCAGAAGUCUCGCCAUCUCAUGGGAUUCUAUGCAAGCCCCACCAGUAUCACGCGCUGAGACAAUGCAGCCUCUUCACUUACUCUCACUUAGAGAGAUUCAACAGGUCUACGGGUAGUUGCAUACUGCCCGGAUCAUGGUACCUACUGAAGCACCCGGACGUCAGUAUCGAAGUGACUGGACAAGUCAAGAGCAAACCAUUCGGCCUAUACACUGGACUUAACAAGGUUAACAUAACAUUCAGGUCAAAAGACUGCACGCUAGGAGCAACAUUCAACUACAUUGCUACAGCAGAUUCUCCUUUACCCGAUGACGUCAGCUCAAGUAACUCAGCCGUGAAAGACAUAUACAGUCCGCUUGAGGUUAAUGUCGAUUCCUCUAAGACGACGGCAAGCAUACUAGCACCAUGGCUGAACCUGACUGUGGUUAUACGGAAAGAGGGAGAGCACCUGAGUGUAGUACUGAGACUACCGGCUGAUUUGGUGGACGAGAGUGAGGGUUUGUGCCAGACCGGCUGUCCGAGUUUCAUGCAUUAUGAAACCAGCCAAAUACGAUCGCAAUCCUGCAGCAAUGACUCGUGGAAUGCUUUGAUUCAAUGUUCAAGAUUCUUACUUAAUUUCGAUCCCAGAAACACAGCCCAGAGCGCUACCCUCACUCAGUUAUGUCAGACUGAUGUUAUAUACACUAAUACCUACUCCAUAAUAUCCCUCUAUCGUGGCAUUGCUCAAGAUUUGCUAGCACUUCCUAGGACUGGGGCAUACAUCACGCCAGAGCCCUACCCACCAGAUAAUGGUAUCAAUAUACAUAAUGGUACUAUCACUACCAGUAGCAGCACUGCACCAUCUGUCAUUCAUCCUAGCUCCACUGAUAAACCUCUUACUACAAAUACUCUUAUCAGUAGCAGUGAAGGAUGGACUCUAACUACUUCAACACAUGCCACGCAACAAGGAUCCUCCUAUACUACCUCAGUAUCAUCUUCCAAGUCUCUCUCUUCGACAUUAGCGACUAGCACCUCCUCCUCUGCUUCUCUCUCUUCCUCUUCUACUAAAAAUAAUCCCUUACCAACCAUCCGUAUUGAACUACCUUCCUCAGGGAUGGUCCAAUCCUACACACUAACAAUAUUAGUAUUGUCAGUCUUGGUCUCUCUUACUUGCAUAUUGACUUUAUGAAUCAUUUUUAUACGCACAGACAGUAUAAGCACUAUAUAUAUUAUAUUGACAAUAACCACAACAGACUUUGUGUUUAUAUCUUUAUUUUUGUCUAGCUCCCUCUCCAUCUCUUGUAUUCAUGAUUUUAUUGUAUUAUAUAUUAUUAUUUUUAUUUUUUAUAACUAUUAUCAUUAUGUAUUGAUGUAUAUCAGAAACAAUUUCGCUACAA